CCGCCGCCGUCGUUCGCCGCUCGCCGCUCGCUGCCGCCACCACCUGACCCGACCACCCCACCACAACUUUCCCAUCAUCAUCGCGACUCACCAACCGCCUCGCACAACACAAUGCCCGACGAGCCAUCCAAGCCACCACCACAGCAGGCGCAGACGUACGCGCAGGCCGCAGCAGAGGGCACUGACAACCCGCCGCCAUACGGCCAGACGGAGAACUCGAUCUCAGUCACGGGCAUCUCGAACGGCAAGGGCGACGGCGACGCUGCCGCUGGGCCGAGCGGCGGCGCCGGCGCCGGCGCCGGCCCGUCAUCGACACACGUCAACGCCGUGCAGGCGCCGCCUCCCGCGCCGGCAGCCUUCACGCACCCCGCCGCGAGGCCGCACCACCCGCACCCGCACGCCCGCGCGCACAACCACGCGCACGGCCACCUCGGGCGCCACCGCGACGUCGAGGCCGGCGUGGUGCUCUUCAUCCCCGAGCGCGAGAUUGCGCUCUCGCGCGCGCGGCGGCGCUUCUUCGGCGCGCUGUGCUGGGCGCUGGUCAUCUACCUCGUGCUAGCCUCAAUCACCGGCUCGACGAUCCACGACGUGUCCCGCCGCGGACGGCACGGACACUGGGACAAGCGCGGCGUGUGGCAUGCGUCCUCGGCGAUGGAGUCGGGCACGACGGUGGUGUAGGCGUGCCGAGGCGCUGGAAUGUGAAUAGCGCGACGGUGCCGCUCGCCGUGCCGCUCGAUGUAUCGACAUACCCGUCGCUAUACCCGUUGUAGGAAUGAAGCUUGUAUUUCAGGCGGGGAGGGAGGUGGGGUGGGGAGGCUGUCGCGACGCCGCCCAGUGGAGCCAGAGUGAAGCCUGUGAUGGUGUGAGCACCGACAAUCAUGUAGAGAGCACACACAGGAGAGGUACAGUGUAGAUCGUUUGGAGCCCGCCCACCUCCGCACACCCACCCCGCCAUAUCAUGUCUAUGCAACUGCUAUUGCCACGACUACAAAAA